AAGUGGGAACUGUCCCUGGCCUUCAGGCACCAAUAUCCCCUCUAUCAAGAUGUGGCACCUCAAACUCUUUGCAGUACUCAUGAUCUGCCUGUUGCUGUUAGGCCAGGUAGAUGGCUCCCCAAUACCAGAACUGAGUUCAGCAAAGAGAAGGCUGAGGAGAAUGACCCCAUUUUGGAGAGGGGUUUCCCUCAGGCCCAUUGGAGCCUCCUGUCGGGAUGAUUCUGAAUGUAUCACAAGGCUAUGCAGAAAAAGACGCUGUUCUCUAAGUGUGGCCCAGGAAUGAUGUAUACACCAGGGGAAAACAGGACUGCACUUACCUACCACAAUGCUCCGUUCUAUGGAAUAUUGAUUAACUGCAUUUGGCUGGAGACACUUAAGUGAAGCCAUCUUGUGUUUUUAAAUGUUUAAAGACAGAUAUAUGCUUUAAAUUGGUCUCCGUUUCUUCUUACAAUGUUGAUAUGUAGAUAUGCAUAACUAAACUUGUCAACUUAAGAGUUUAUUUUUCUAUGUAUACUAUUAAAUGUCUCAAACUGAAAUUUUGGCACCCUGGAA